UCUUUGUCUCGUCCACAUCGGCAAGACGGUUUUGUAAAAAAGAUUAAGGCCAUUGCUGCGCAAAAUAAAGCAAGAGCAUGAGAAUACGCGCGACCUUUGUCAGCAGCUAAAGGACACGUAGAAGAAUACCAACCAAACUCAACUCAACUCAACUCAACCUAUUCAUUCUUCUCUCUCGCUACAGUUAACUCCUAUACACGAGGGGUACCUUAAAAUUGUAAGUCAUCAUACGAUUCAUGGUAGAACUGAAGCAUCAACAAUCAAGUUGAGCGAACAAGGCACUAAAAAUAAGGAAACAUACCUUUGCGUGGCCUAGCCCCCCUGCUCUCUGAAUUAUAGUAUAGACACCCGUAUCCUGCGCCAAAACACAUUAUAAUUACCUGAGUUGACUCGUCUCACCACCCAUCAAAUCCACAUCUUUUUCAUCUUCUAUAUAAACCACAAUCAUCCCUACCAAAAGUCUCCAUUCAGUAUCUUCUAGACUCUCUUUCAAAUUAGCAUUAUGAACUAUUUUUCCACUACAAACCCUACUUCUUAUGGCUCUUCUUCUUCUACUUCUUCUGCAUUUCAUAAUAAUAAUAAUAAUAAUACUUCCAAAGAGAAGAAGAAGCAGAGAGGAACCAACAAUGGAGGAGUUAAGCUGUCGACCGACCCGCAAAGCGUGGCGGCUAGAGAAAGAAGACAUCGUAUUAGCGACCGUUUCAAGAUCUUGCAGAGCUUGGUUCCGGGUGGGAGUAAGAUGGACACUGUAUCUAUGUUAGAGGAAGCUAUCAACUACGUUAAGUUCUUGAAAACUCAGAUUGUUUUUCAUCAGACUUUGAUGAAUUUUGUGGAUGAUCAUGACCCUUAUAAUCCUUAUAGCUAUGGUGAUUCUCUUCUUCAUCCUCAGCAGCAGCCUAGUUCAGAAUUUGAUGCCAACUUUGUGUCUGAAAUGCCUGAUUAUUUCUUUCAAGGAGAUGAAAAUGGGAUGGGUUUUGAUCCAUUUGGUAACUAGACAUGGCAAACUAACUUGUUGUCUCUUUUGUCUGGAUAAUUAGGGUUGUUGUGUUUAGUAUUUGGUAAUUUUAAGGUUAGGAAUUGUAUUUGUAAUGGGUUUAAGAGUUAAUGUUAAAAAAAAAAAACUAGUAACAUUUCUCUAUGAAUUCAAUAUUAUGUAAAGAAAGCUAAAUUAGUUGUUA